AUGUACGGGGUGCUGUUCCCCCCGCUGGCCCCGGUCGUUCCGGACGAGAAGAGCGACGGCGCCGAGGACGGAAUCCACGCGAAACUCUUCGCGUCGCAGAGAAUGAGCAUGCUGCCGACUCUCAAGCGCCCGCACGGGCCUCUGCUGAUCAAGACAGUCGCGAUCCCGUUUACGCUGGUCGAAUCGCUGACGACGGCGCCGCUGUACUACAACUGGCGCAGAUACCGCUGGGCGCUGGUCGUGUGCCGCGCAUCCAGCCCCGAGUGCGACUUUUACGAGGCCACGCGGUGCCGGGACGGGCCGACGGAAGAAGCCAACCCGUUCGGCCGGGACGCCAGGACCCCGACGCGCCGGAGGCUGGCCGACAUCCCGCACGAUGCGGAGUGGGCUGACCUCGCCGCCGUGGAAGCGACACGGGAAAACAAGGACGUCAUCACCGGCAUCGUCGAGCAGUCGGAGCUGUUUGGCUUCUCGAGCGACCUCGCCUACGUCUGGUCGCUUGCGAUCCAUCUCGUCGGCCGCGGCGUGGUCACGUCCGAGAACGAAUACUGGAGGUGGGCGGCCGACGUGAGGACCCUCGGCAUGGAGAUAUCGCUGGAUUAUAGCCCGUUUGGCAAGACACGGACGCCCAAGGUUGAAGCAAGCCUGAGAGCGGAGAAGGUUACGGUACCCAAGCUGCGUUCGGCUAUGAGGAGCAGGAAAUAA